AUGGUCCGAUCCAUCACAUACCCAGUUCUCUUCUCGGUCCUUGCUACUCUCGCAUCGGCUCAGUACACAGCUACCUACAAAUGGGGCCAGCUUCCAGCAAAGACUGAGGGGGAUGGUCAAUCAGGUACCAACGCUUGUGGGACACAGUCUAGCCAAUCGUCAAUGUGCCAGAAUGUAGUGGUCAACUCGGCCAAUGACUUCUGUAUCUGGGGUCCUCCGGACGACUCGAAGCGCCCCAUCGGGACCAUCGAGGAGGUUGUUGUUGCAUACUGCCUGAACGAAGGCUACGGUACCCGUCUUCUGCCCUCCGGCACGAUCACCGACGCACACUUUGUCCGAGUCAUGAGCGACAAGGUCUCAUACGUUCAGGUGACCGGCAACGGUGACUUCACCAAGAUCGGCCUACCUGCCGGUGAUGAUGGUGGAGAGCUUGACCCCCACUCUUGGACCGGUCUCGGAAACCCACAAGGAGGAUUGGUAUUCACCAACGCCUUCACCGGACAGUACGAGCAAACGCACGAGUGGACCAGCUUCCAAAGUGCAUCCAACUUCUGCAUCCGAGCAUGCAGGGACGGACCGAACGCCUCAAAGUGGUGCGAGCACAUCUACGACGUCCUCGGCUGCGGCUUCACCAUCCCCGGCUCCUUCGACGCCGGCUUCGACGACUGCAACGGUGACCCCGCCGAGCAGCCCGGUGUCUACUCUGGUUCCACCUUCCACCAGGACGACCCUACCACCCCGGCUCCCCACCCUGCCGGCCCCACAUCUCAAUGCCGGUCUUUCAACUCCGUCGGUGGCGGUAACGCUGCCGCUGCCGCCACCCUCCUUCCAUCCAUCACCGGCUCCGCAUCAUCAGCAUCAGCCUCGUCAUCCCGCUCCGCUUCGGGCAGUAUGAGCAACUCCACCUCGGUCUCGUCCACAUCGGUGUCGAACUCGUCGUCCGUUUCUAUGACGUCGACGUCUAUGUCGGCUAGCAUGACCUCCUCGGGCAUGACCACUUCCCGGACUGGCGUCUCAUCAACAGCUUCGGUUGUAGGCGCCGCAGUGAGCGCGUCGGCGUCGGCUUCUCAAGCGGCUGGGAGCAAGGUGGUCGCUGGCGGAGUGGGAAUCAUGGGGGCUUUGGGUGCGUUCGUUGCUGCCUUACUGUAG